AUGAGAGGAGGGGGAGAGGGAGGGGACGAGAAGGGGGGCACGAAGGGGGGCACGAAGGGGGGCACGUCCCCGCUGGCCAUUGGCCGCCGGUCCUACUUGCGAUUCCUUCCUCGUCUGGAGCAUGAUCAUGCGAUUCCAAUGGUUUUCAAAUGGAACCGAGUCGUCUACGAAAUGGAUCCGUCGGUGAAUCGAUUUACCGAGAAACGCCCCACUUCCAUCGAGACGGACGCAUCGGAGAUGAGACGCCACCAGGUUCAGGCGUGUAAAUUUGUGCUCUCGCUCUGCCUCGUCUCCCUCCUUCUUCACGUCUUCCUUUCCUUCGGUCGUGCACCCCAGGAAUGGGAUCCAGGUCCCCUUCCCGGUGCGAAUCGGCGGAACACGAGCGCCGAGGAGGUAUUUCGAUUCUCGAAGCUCGGCCGAAUCGUCCUGGGACUGGACGAGGAAGAAGAGGAAGGAGCCUCACCCGAACACGGUGAACGUUACACGAUCGGAGUGUGGCGGCACGGAGAGAGAUUGAAACGGCGUUUGGUCCAGAACUACGGCGGAGUGGACAAGGACGUCUUCGACGGCUGCAGGCAUCGCAAUUGCCGCCUCGUCUACCUCGACGAGACGUCGGAUUCGGAUUUCGGUGGAAUCCACGCUCUCCUCGUCCAUCUCCACUUGACCAAGAACCCCAAUACCCUUCCGAAGACGCGCCAUCCUCACACGCGAUGGAUCUUUCUCACCGACGAGAGUCCCUUCAAUACCUUCCUAGCGAAUAAGUCGCUGAAGAUGGCGGACUUCAACGGCGUGUUCAACUGGUCCAUGGGGUAUCGCAUGGACAUGGACGUCCCCGUCCCGUACGGCGUGACUCUUCCGCUCCGACAGCGGAACCGUGACGUAGACCUCGUCAAGAUCCUGGAUUCCAAGACGAAAUCGGUGGCAAUCAUGAUCUCCAACUGUGGGGGUCGCAAUGCCAGGUGGAAAUACUUGAAAGAACUCGAAAAGUACAUCAAGAUCGAUGUUUAUGGUGCGUGCGGACCGUUGAAGUGUCCCGGGCAUUUUGACAAAGACUGCGCCGUCCUGUCCGACUACAAGUUUUACCUUGCCUUCGAGAGCAGCAACUGUGACCAGUACAUGACGGAAAAACUGUGGUGGAAUGCGUACGGGAAAAACGCCGUCCCUGUCGUCAUGGGAUCUCCGAAGUCCGAUUACCAAAAGUUCUGUCCUCCAAAUUCCUUCAUUCACGUGGAAGAUUUCACGAGUCCACGGAAACUGGCGGAGUACCUCCAGUACCUAGACGCCAACGAUUCCGCUUACCUGAAAUUGUUGGAGUGGAAAUACCAGUUUGAGGUGCUAAACGAACACGGAUAUUUUGGUGCGCCGAAUCGCCAUUACUGUCGCAUCUGUGAAGCCUUGAACGUGUACGACUCGACACCCAAAGUCUAUAACAAAUUGGAGGAAUUUUGGAACCCCGAUCGAGACUGCCAUCCGUCGCUGCCGUUCACGUGACCUUCCAAGCUAAUUUGAGGAUUUAGGCCUCGUUUGUGAUAAAUUCAUCAUCUUGCUUCAUUCUGCAUUUCGUCAAAAUGCGAUGCACGACCUAAUAACUUUUUAUUUUUAAUUUCGCUUGCCAUGAUUGCCGGAAUUUGCAGGGAUAGAUUAUUCUAGUCAUUUGAAAUCAGAAUAUCGAGAUAUUUGAU